GUUUUAACCGGAUGUUGUACAUAUUAACUCCACCUUGACACCGGGGAGAUUACAGUGGUUUUGCUGCACUGACAGCGGGCUGGUUGGUUUAUCCUUCCUCUCAGACGAGACAGACCUGCUAUUUUUUUGUACACCGAGACAACCGGCAUAAUGUCGGAUUUCGAGGAAUUUGAGAAACAGCUCAGCGAGAAUCGACAGGAGAGAGAAAGAGAGAGACACAAAAAGAAGAGUCGCAGUGCAUCUCCUGGCCGAGGCAACAAGCACCGCAGCUGGAGCAAAGACCGGGGGAGUCGCAGCCGAGAGAAGAGAAGCCGCAGCAGGGACCGGAAAAGCCGGGACCGCCGGAGCCCCUCGCGGGACCACAAGAAGCACAGCCACUCUCCAAGGCGGACAAGAAAGAAAAGGACCUGCAAAUAUUGGGAUGUGCCUCCUCCUGGUUUUGAACACAUCACACCAAUGCAAUACAAAGCUAUGCAAGCGGCCGGGCAGAUACCAACGAUAGCUCUGCUGGCGACUGCCACCACCACCGGAGUGGCUGCCGCUCCAACACAAGUGCCCAUAGUUGGCAGUCAGAUGACGAGACAAGCCAGACGCCUCUAUGUUGGAAAUAUUCCCUUUGGAGUAACUGAGGAGUCCAUGGCGGAGUUCUUCAACGCUCAGAUGAGGCUUGCUGGACUUUCACAAGCCCCAAGCAACCCUGUACUCGCUGUGCAGAUUAAUCAGGAUAAAAACUUUGCUUUCCUAGAGUUUCGGUCUGUAGAUGAGACGACGCAGGCGAUGGCCUUCGAUGGGAUCAUUUUUCAGGGUCAAUCGCUGAAAAUUAGACGACCUCACGACUAUCGGCCUUUACCUGGCAUCUCAGAGCAGCCGGCUUUCCACGUCCCAGGCGUCGUCUCCACAGUUGUUCCUGAUUCCCCCCACAAACUGUUCAUAGGAGGCCUGCCCAACUACCUUAACGAUGACCAGGUAAAGGAGCUCUUGACAUCGUUUGGGCCUCUCAAAGCGUUCAAUCUUGUGAAGGACAGUGCCACUUCACUGUCAAAAGGUUACGCCUUUUGCGAAUACGUAGAAGUCAGUGCCACAGACCAGGCAGUUGCUGGGCUCAAUGGAAUGCAACUGGGCGACAAAAAGCUGAUAGUCCAAAGGGCAAGUGUGGGAGCUAAAAACGCCAAUCCUACCUCCAUCAUAGAGACCCCUGUGACGCUGCAGGUCCCCGGGCUUCAGAGGCUGCAGAACUCUGGCAUACCCACGGAGGUGCUGUGCCUUCUCAACAUGGUGAUGCCCGAGGAGCUGGUGGACGACGACGACUACGAGGAGAUCUUGGAAGACAUCCGCGAGGAGUGCUGCAAGUACGGCAGCGUCCGCUCCAUCGAGAUCCCCCGACCCGUUGCCGGUGUGGAAGUCCCCGGCUGUGGAAAGAUCUUUGUGGAGUACGUUUCUGCUGCAGACUGUCAGAAAGCCAUGCAAGCUCUCACCGGCCGCAAGUUUGCCAACAGAGUGGUGGUCACCAAAUACUACGACCCAGACAUGUAUCACAGACACGAGUUCUGAACGUACAGACGAGUCCUCCUUUCUGUCGGUGCGCUCGGGUCGAGUCCAGUCCUGUUUCUUUACUCUUCUGAAUGUUGCGAACGCGUCCAUGAAAAGACUUGUUUUAUGACAUCAUCUGCUUAACAAACUGGACUGCAGUGUGUGUUUCCUCAUCGAAUAUCUAACUCCCAGCUUUAGCUUGAACAACCACACCGUGAACUGAUCUCAUUCUGAAUUUUAAAAACAUUGUAGUGUCCAUAACAUUGGUAGAAGAAUGAAUGCGACAUGUAUCUAACCUAAACUAAUACUGCCUGACGAUGCCAGAGUAGCUGUCUUAUCGAGUAUGCACUAUAUUAGGAAAAAAAAGUCAAAUGUUAAGAUUUUCCUCCUGAGCACAAACAUUAAUUUCUCUGUUUUAGAUCUGAUUGGCCGCUGUAAAUGAUGUGGCUAUGAGACAAAAAAGGUUUUAUUAAUUUAUUUAUUUGUUUUUCCAAAGUCAUAUUUUCAUCUAUACGCCACAUAUUAAUGUCCAUUAAUAUGUAUGAUGAUCUCACCUCCACUGCUUACUUUUUGUUGCCAGAACGGCCUCAAAUAUUGCAAAAAAAUGAAAUAUUGACAUCUAUAAGAUAA